AUGAGCUACAAACCUGUUCCCAAUGCCACUUGUUCAACUUUCUACACGGAUAACAGCACAGUUGACAGCAGUCUGCUAAACAUCCUACUUACCAAGCAUCUUGUUCCCAUGGUCUUUCUUGUCUUUCUUUGCAGCAUUUCCGCGGCGUGUUUUCUGUUUCUGGGGCUGCUUUCCCUGGCAGAACAGAACACUUCGAGAAACGACGAGUUUACAAUAAGCAAAUCAACCAAAGCCCUGGUCAAGUCCACGAUUAAAGGGAUGAAAGAGGAUGAUAUACUGAAAGGAAGAGGCUCUAUUGAGUACGAUGUAACAGAAAUGUACGAGUUUGACGAGGAUGACAUACUAGCCAUAAGUGUGGAGUAUGAAAAACUUACGAUGCACACCAACAUAAACUUGUUCAAUGUUUUAUCUCAGCAGAGGCCCAUCGUUGUUGUUCUGAUCUGCAUGUUUGGCUUUGUCUCCACCUCCAUGAUUGUGUUCAUUGUUGAGUACUAUAUAGUUCCGCUGUAUCUCCUAAAAACAGGAAUAUAUGCAGUAAGGUCCGUAUUCACUCCCAAGUAG